AUGCCAAAUCCUGCUAAAGCAAGUCAACGAGAAAAAGAAAUUGAUGCCGCUAGAUAUAAAGGAAAUUGGAAUGUAAUUCCCGAGCUUGCAAGGAAAUAUCGUAAACAUAAUCCUGCAGGAAUAGCACCUGAAAUACUUCUCGGAUGUCAACAAUAUUCAACUGGUGUAGAUAUUUGGAGUGUAGCCUGUAUAUUUGCUGAAAUGUUUUUGAAUGAUGCUUUAUUCAGAG